AUGGGGUGCCUGUCAUGUCGAGCGCACGAACUGGCGAGGGAGAACUACAGGGGGCUCGACCCCAGCAUUUACGACGCGCACCGCGGCUCCGAUGAGCUCGCGGCGGAGUUCCCGGGCGUGGACUUCCGCACGGUGCGGGGCCCAGCGGGGCCAGGCCUGCAGGCAGACCCGAUCUGGUGGGGCCACGAGUCGCAUUGUGGGGAUGUCCUCGAGGCGGGUGACAACGAGGCGUCGCAUGCGUCGCGGGCUUGGCAUCUGAUGUGCUGGAUCAUGGACCGUAGGGAGAGGGACGUGGCGUUGGCCACGCACUCGCUGCUCUUGUUGGCCGUCUUCCACGGGGCCCUGGACCUGGACGACGGGCAGGGCGGCUUCCAGCCGCCAGCCAGUGCACAGAUCUUCCGCACCGGCGAACUGCGGUCGGUGCUGGUGACCGACGGCCCGCGCCCGCCAGGCCGUCGGCCCAGGCCCGCGAAGCCCCGCGGGGGCCCGGGAAGCCCGCGGGGCUCCGCGGGGCCCGCGCGCAGGCGCCCGCGAGGAAGAGGCCGAGCGGCGUCCCGGGAGGCGCCCGCGCCCGGGGCCGCGGGGGCGGAGGCGGCGCCGUGGUGA